CGAUGGAUUUCGUCAAUCUGCUCCUGUUCUGCCUAAUGUCGUGCGUGAUAGGAGCGGUGGUGAUGUUGCUAAUUCAGUACUAUGCCUUCGUACGCUACUUCCGCCUGCCGGAACUGGACCAAGAGCAGGAGAACCAGCGAAAAUCGGCCUUCAGCGAACGAUACGUCCUGCCCGAUACGCUGCUGGAAAACAUCAAGGCACCGGAUCAGGAAAGCAAAUCCACGAUAAUGGCCAUCAAUCUGAUACUGCAGUUUCUUUACUUCGAGCUGCGGCAAUCGAAUCGCGUGCGGAAGUGGUUUCAUCGGAAGCUAUCGCUCGAGCUGGAUGAGCUGAUAAGCAAGACGACAACGGGCAAGCUGUUUGAUAAGCUGACGAUUCGGGAUCUCGAUUUGGGCAGUCAGUUUCCGGAGAUAAAAAACUUUCGUCUGCAUGCGGUCGAUCUGCAUCCGGACGAGGGUCACAUCGAAAGCCUGGAUGUGCUGUUGGAUCUACACUACGAGGGUAACUUUCGGCUAACGAUCGACGCGGACAUGGUGCUGGGGAAGAAGGGAUCGUUGGCGUUGCGUGUGAAGCAAGUGUCCGGACUGGCACGGUUGCAAUUCACGCGCAAACCGUACACGCACUGGUCGCUUAGCUUCAUCAACGAUCCGAAGGUGGAGCUGGACGUGCAGUCCCACUUCCAGGGUCGCCAGAUGCAAUCAAACAUUACCAGCCUGAUCUCGAACCAGAUAAGGAAAGCGAUCCGCCGGAAGCAUACGCUUCCCAACUAUAAACUAAGAUAUAAACCAUUUUUCCACCGUGUGGAAGAGGACUACGAACUCAACGAAAUUAUACCGAACGGUUCGCUGGAGGUGACGAUCGCUGAAAUAUCCCGUCUAAACGCUCCCAUACGCACGCUGACGCACGUAUACUGUACGCUCACGCUGGCCCAUAUGCCGUGGGUUGUGGCCCGGCAGCAGGAGGACCAAACCGCGAUGAUCGUGUCGCUCGAUAUCGAAAUUCAUAAGGCCAAAAACCAGCAGAUCGGUAUCGUAUUCAAGCAAAGCGAACAGACGGUGCUGAUUGAUGCGGUCAUACCGAACACGCCCGCAUCGAAAGCGGAACUACGCCGCGGUGACGUACUGCUCUCGAUACAGGGCAAACGGGUGACGAACAUCAGCCAGGUGCCGAAGGUGAUAAAGACGCUUAACCGGCCAAUGUUUGUGCUGCGCAUCGAGCGGCUGGUGCCCGGCCAGAUAAAGAACGAUGGGCUGAUGGAGGAUUACGAGGAAGCGUUCGAGGAGAUAGAUCCCAACCUAAACAUCACUUUUGUGAAAAACAUGGAAGCCGUGCAAAUCGGUAGCAGUAGCGCAAGCGGGACGGUACUACGCGAGCGCAAGCUUGUACGACGCAAUUCCAAAGACAACAGUGGCGGUGAAUCGAGCCACUCAAACACACCCGGCACGACGCCGGUGAAGAAAGCGACGACCAUUGCCGGUCGUGAUUCAAUUAUACCCGGGAUGGAAUCGACGCCUCGAGGUAGUUUUUCCGAUCCUGCCCCUGGUGGUGGUGGUGGAAAGCCAAAGGCGAACGUGGAUUGUUACCCACAGCAUUCGUCCGUGGAUGCAGAGUUCAAUUCGUUCAUUCGACUGGACGAUCCAUGCACGUUUCAACUAAUGGAAAAAUACUCUUACCUAAACCUAAGCGUGUUUGGCAAAAAUAAUGAAGAAAACCGGCUGCUUGGCUAUCUCAACAUACCAAUCAACAGUAUUCUGGUGGAGUGCAAUGAAUCUCACCUGGGACACCAUCUGAAAAAGUAUCCGCUGCUGCCACCGGAAGCGAUUGAUGUUUCAAAUCAUCCUCUGUCGAUGCAGUCUGGAUUUGAUCAAAACUAUUGCUACGGUGAUGUGCUGCUCUCGUUCGUUUGGAAUGGUAGUGCGCUGGUCUGUUCUUCUGCGACACCGAGCAAAGCUAUGAGCGGGGAGAACAAAAAGCAACGACUCAUUACUAUUAGCCGAGGUUCUGCAGACAAGCUGGACGACGAUCGAACGGAUGGAUUACUUGAGGUUAAGUCCCCAUCGGCCACCUGUGGAAUCCAGUUACCGGCCCAAGUACAGCCACAGCAGCAACAUGAUUUCAUUCGAACACACUUUCACCGCACCACGCAGUGCGAUUACUGUGGUAAGAAAAUCUGGCUCAAGGAUGCAGUCCAGUGCCGGGACUGUGCGAUGUGUUGCCACAAAAAGUGCAUCAACAAGUGUCAAAGUUCGACCGUGUGUACAGCCAACGAAACGGCCUUAGCAGCCACAGUUGAACGAUCGUCUUCAACGUCCACAAUGACAACGACAGCGAGCGGAGGAAUGGUCCCAGCACCGGUCAGCUCACCCGGUUCACUACAGCCAGAGUUUAAAGUGACCGAACCGGAAUCGCCCACAAUAGAGGUGGAAGACUUCGUAGACAUAGCCGAAGAGCAGCAGCAGAUCGUGUCGAAAUCGAAACUCGAAACGCAUCGCCAAAGCUUUAGCGAUCUGCUCGUGCAGGGUCUGAAGCGCGUCAAUUCGGCCAACAAUCUUUCGAUUCCGACGAUGGGUGGAAUGAACCCGAGCAGCAAAAGUUUGCCACCGACACCGCAGCACACGCCACGCAAACAGUCGCUGGCGAACGUGAGCGCCAACCCGUUCCUGUUGGUAACGCAGCGGCUCGAAAGCCUGCCGGAGGACGUGAACGAGCUAAAUAUGGAGCAGAUUGUUGAGCUGACGGCGCCGCUAAUCGAGUACGGUCCGUCCGAUACGCUGAUGGCGUUGGCCAAGAGCAGCAGCAAAACGAUGUACGGCGACUGUGAGCCGGAUGUGCGGACGGAGAAGAUUAACAAACUGCUUUCCAAACUGCACAUAGCGCUGGAUUACGAAACCAUCAACCAGUCCGUGCUAGGCGCGCCCAAGGAGAGUAAUAGUAGUAGUGGUAGUAGUGGCGCAGGUGCUAACGCUAACAGUAAAGAAAUCACCGAUGCGAAGGGAAAGUGUGCAGCACAACAGCAACACGAUAGCACAAGAUCGGCCUUCCUGGCGGGCCAAUCCGAGGAGCGGGUGCAGGCGCUUAGCAUCAUAAUGCUGCAUCUGUGCUCUGGUCUGCAGUGCGUCCAGGGUAAUCUCGGCCAAUGAGAAUAGCAUUUGCUUCGGCAGUACUCGCUGGGCUCGUCAAUGCUAGUAUCUACCACCGCUAGUGCUACCGGCAGGCUGCCGAUGCACCGCCAACGCACACAGUACGAUGCCGGUCCGGACCAGGAGAUGGACAGGAUCGGCACGGGUAGUGGCGGCAAUCCGGUUGGUAGCAGCAGUGGCGGUAGAAAGAGUCCCUUUCGCUCGCGUCGCCUUUCCGUCUGCCGCAAACGGGCGCUCGGUAUUUUCCAACGCUCCGCUAGUGUCAGCGCUUCGUCCAACGCUACCGGCUAUCCAUCGGAUAGUGCUAACUAAAACGUUUGCUUUACCAUUUCCGUCAAUACGAAUGCGCCUUCGGUGUGGUACCGCUUGUUCACCUUUGACACCUUUUUGCCAAAAUUACAUCACAUGAAAUUCGCUUGCCUGGGAAUUCAACUUGUACAACCCAUUUAGAUGUAACUUAUACACCGAACCAUGACAACACUGUUACGCUAGUGCUAACGAGAAGCCGUGAAACGAUAUUUUCCAGUCUUGAUGUGUAGAAGUAGACGCCACCUUUAAAGAAUCUUUCUCCUUUGACUAGCUCUCUAGUGUUUACCACUUAUUAUUCCAAUCUCAACGCUUAACAUCAACAUUCUUUGGUCCUCAAACAAACAUAAAUCAUCAACGUGUAUAGUUUAGCUUUUUAUGUUUUGUAGUGCCGUUUUGAAAUUUUCGAGGUAAAAUACUGCUACACUACUACUAGAAAUGUCAAUCCAUUUUAAUGCUACCCGUGUGAGACUGCUAAACGUGUGACAAAACCCCUGUUAAAACCCCCGUUUUAAUCAACCAUCUGGCAACAAACACAAUCCUUCCAGCAAAGGAAUUGAUUACUUACUGUUAACAAAACGUCUCUUUGUCUAUAACGUAUCCCGAACCGUACCUUCCCGUAUGUGCGCAAACGUUUGAAACCGCCGUUCCACACAAUCAACCCCGAAAGGCGAAACCCUACUUACGCUGGCGACGUGGGAAGCUGAGUUGCUGCUGAAGCUAAAAACGGUGGUCGCCAAAACGGCGGCCACCCACCGGAAUCCUUUUUGGAGAAGGAAAUUGAAAUUGAAAUAAGGCUGUUGUUUCGUUUAGCGUCUAAGUUUAGCUUCGUAGAGUAAGCCACCGUUAAAGGGAAGUUAAGGGCUUAAGAAAUGGGCAAGUUCGUCAAGACAGAGUGAGUGAGAGCGGAUGGAAAUAUUAUUACUUAAACCGUAUUUCGCAUUUUCUAUAAUGGAACGUAUUUUCGUGAUAUUGAAUUAGCUUUACGAAACCAAUAUCCGCGUUUGGUGCUUUCAGUUACUUUACCAUUUAUUUAUUGAUUGUAAACAUCAUGAGCGUUUAAUAUCUCCUCCCAGAGCUACAAUUGUGGUUCGUGAUGGUUAUUUUGAACGCACCAUACACAGCAACGUACGUGUUGUUUAGCUGUGCUAAAGGAUAACAGUAAAGGAUAACUACUUUUAACCAUCGUUUUGCACUGGAAAUGCCAAACAAGCAACAAAUUAUACUGUAGUGUGUUGUGUAUAUUGUCUACUUUAGCAUUGCAAAGGGCACGAAAAGCAGCUACAGAACGUAACAACAAAUUAAUAACAUAUAAAUAUCAAUCACAAAACCUCUCACACACACACAUACCAAAAUCGACAAACAGGAUCGCGGCGUUCGAUCAGCCAGGCAGGGUCGCACAGGAGUUAAAAAUCAAAGUAAUUCCAACAGAAGACUAAUCUUAUUGCAAUAGUAUUCACGCGUACUUCUUCUCUUGCAGUUGCUGCUUGUUUAGCGCAGCGCCAUCGUACAUUGCAGUUAACUUUACACUAGACGUACAUUCUCAGUAGCUCCGUUUUUACAACAAUCGAAUAACGUAAAAUUUUGCACCACGAUAUUUGAAGCUCUCGUCUAUUGCGCCUAGAUUUAGCAACCAAAAGAAAAAACAAACAAACCCAUACUGUAAAGUGAUAGUGUGGAGAGAAAUCUAUAUACUUAUAAAAUAGUAGCAAAACCUAACGAUCCCCGUCCGCGUGUGCGUAUUUUGCUCAUGCGGGAUGGGUGGAAAUUUUCAUCACUUUUUAAACAAAACCAAAAAAAAGAAGGAAAACCCCGCCCUAGCAAUCGUUCGCGUCACCAAGGUGACGGGGCAUCAUCUUGGAUAGCGGAGUGUGCGAUACCACUAGAGAACACGAAUGUUACGAAAGUUCUGUUUCCAUAAUUACCCAUUGCUCUGAUUGUUAAACAGUUGUUUUUUUUUUUGAUAAUAACCCAACCACAAAUCACCGACCGGCACACCGAAAUGAAUACUACUUUAGAGUACACUUUUAGCACUCUACUUACGAUGUAGAAAAAUACCGUACGCGUAAAUCAUGUUUGAUUUCCCGAGUUCAUUCAACCAGCGUGUGUGUGUGUGACAUUUCUGUUGUGAUAAUUGCGUUGGUGUUUCGCGCUCCGUUUUUUGCAUGUUACGGUCGUGUGAAUGUUUCGUACCGAGUAAACCAAACACUGGCACACAUUGACGGGCCAACAAAAACCAGAUGAAAAAAAAAUCGACCUACGUGCGCAUUAGGAAAAUU